GCAUGUUCUUUCUUCAGCUCCAAUGCAGUACCACUGAAAAUUGCACUGAUAAAUGCAGACCCUCUGGGAGAAGAAAUUAAUGUGAUGUUUAAGGUUGGAGAAGAUUUGAGACAAGAUAUGUUGGCUUUACAAAUGAUUAAGAUUAUGGAUAAGAUCUGGCUGCAGGAAGGACUGGAUUUACGGAUGGUUAUCUUCAAGUGUCUCUCAACUGGAAAAGACCGAGGCAUGGUAGAGCUUGUUCCCGCUUCAGAUACACUUAGGAAAAUUCAAGUGGAAUAUGGAGUGACAGGUUCUUUUAAAGACAAGCCUCUAGCAGAAUGGUUGCGAAAGUAUAAUCCUACAGAGGAAGAAUAUGAAAAGGCUUCAGAAAACUUCAUUUACUCUUGUGCAGGAUGCUGUGUAGCUACUUACGUAUUGGGAAUUUGUGACCGCCACAAUGAUAACAUAAUGCUCCGAAACACAGGGCAUAUGUUUCACAUUGACUUUGGAAAAUUUUUGGGUCAUGCACAAAUGUUUGGUAGCUUUAAAAGGGAUCGAGCUCCUUUUGUGCUAACAUCGGAUAUGGCUUAUGUCAUUAAUGGUGGUGAAAAGCCCACUAUUCGCUUUCAGUUGUUCGUGGAUCUCUGUUGUCAAGCUUACAAUUUGAUAAGAAAACAUGCAAACCUCUUCCUUAACCUACUUUCAUUGAUGCUUUCUUCUGGGUUACCAGAACUAAGUGGUGUUCAGGACUUGAAGUAUGUCCAGGAUGCUCUCCAGCCCCAAACAACAGAUGCAGAAGCUACCAUUUUCUUUACAAGGUUGAUUGAAUCCAGUCUGGGAAGUGUUGCCACGAAGUUUAAUUUCUUCAUUCACAAUUUGGCUCAGCUGCGUUUCUCAGGUCUACCUUCUAAUGAUGAACCCAUCCUCUCAUUUUCUGCUAAAACAUAUUCUCUUAAACAAGAUGGCCGAAUCAAACAAGUGUCUGUGUUUACAUAUCAGAAGAGAUAUAACCCAGAUAAACACUAUAUCUAUGUAGUGAGAGUUUUGAGAGAUGGGCAAGUCGAGCCAACGUUUGUCUUCCGAACAUUUGAUGAGUUCCAGGAGCUCCACAACAAACUUGGCAUUCUCUUUCCUCUCUGGAAGUUACCAGGCUUUCCUAACAAGAUGGUUCUGGGAAGAACACAUAUAAAAGAUGUAGCAGCCAAAAGAAAAGUGGAGCUCAACAGCUACAUACAGAGUCUGAUGAACAGUUCUUCAGAGGUGGCAGAAUGUGAUCUUGUUUAUACUUUUUUCCAUCCAUUACUUCGUGAUGACAAAGUGGAAGGAAUAGAUGGAAUAGCCAGACCUACAGAUGCAAGUCCAUCAAGUCCUACCUCAGGCAAAGUGGGAGGAGAAGUGAAGCUAUCCAUAUCAUAUAGAAAUGGCACUCUAUUUAUCAUGGUGAUGCACAUUAAAGACCUGGUUACAGAAGAUGGUGCUGAUCCAAAUCCCUAUGUAAAAACAUACUUACUUCCAGAUAUGCACAAAACAUCCAAACGCAAAACCAAAAUCUCCCGGAAGACAAGAAACCCAACUUUCAAUGAAAUGCUUGUGUACAGUGGAUAUAGUAUGGAGACUCUGAAACAGAGAGAACUUCAGUUAAGUGUGCUCAGUGCAGAAUCAUUACGAGAGAAUUUUUUCUUGGGUGGAAUUACGCUCUCACUGAAGGACUUCAACUUGAGCAAGGAGACUGUUAACUGGUAUCGAUUAACUGCUGUACCCUACCUGUGA